AUGGCACCAGUAAAAAAGGGAAUCUUGGAGCGUCUCAACGCUGGGGAAGUGGUGAUUGGAGACGGCGGCUUCGUGUUUGCCCUGGAGAAGAGAGGCUACGUAAAGGCAGGACCCUGGACCCCGGAGGCCGCGGCCGAGCACCCCGAAGCAGUACGCCAACUUCACAGGGAGUUUUUGAGGGCAGGGUCCAACGUCAUGCAGACCUUCACCUUCUACGCCAGUGACGACAAGCUGGAGAACCGGGGCAACAAGCUCACCUACACCGUAAGCUCACUAAAACCAGGUGCCCAAAUCAACGAGGCUGCCUGCGAUCUGGCCCGCGAGGUGGCCAACGAGGGCGACGCCUUGGUGGCAGGCGGCGUGUCUCAAACACCGUCCUACCUGAGCUGUAAGAGCGAGGCCGAUGUAAAGGCCAUCUUCAAGAAGCAAUUGGACGUUUUCAUCAAGAAAAAUGUGGACUUCUUGAUCGCUGAGUACUUUGAGCACGUUGAGGAGGCCGUGUGGGCCGUGGAGGUGCUGAAGGGCACGGGAAAGCCGGUGGCCGCUUCUCUGUGCAUCGGGCCCGAAGGCGACAUGCACGGCGUCUCGCCGGGGGAGUGUGCUGUUAGGCUGGUCAAAGCCGGUGCCCAGAUUGUUGGUGUCAAUUGCCAUUUUGACCCAAUGACCUGUGUGGAGGCUGUCAAGAUGAUGAAGGCGGGCGUGGAGAAGGCCGGAUUGAAAGCUCACUACAUGGUGCAGCCUCUUGCUUAUCACACCCCGGACUGCAAUUGCCAGGGAUUCAUUGACCUGCCAGAAUUCCCCUUCGGUCUGGAGCCCAGAAUCCUGACCCGCUGGGACAUGCACAAGUACGCCAGAGAGGCCUACAACGCUGGCAUCCGCUUCAUCGGUGGCUGCUGCGGAUAUGAACCGUACCACAUCAGGGCCGUGGCGGAGGAACUGGCGGCCGAGAGGGGAAUUCUGCCCCCGGGAUCGGAGAAACACGGGAUGUGGGGAGCGGGUCUAGAGAUGCACACCAAACCCUGGGUCAGAGCCAGAGCCCGUCGUGAGUACUGGGAGAACCUGAAGCCGGCUUCCGGCCGUCCGCUCUGUUCAUCCAUGUCAACGCCGGCCGGCUGGGGCGUCACCAAAGGCCACACUGAGCUCAUGCAGCAGAAAGAAGCCACCACUAAACAACAACUAAAGGAGCUGUUUGAUCGCUCAAAGAGCCACUGA